AUGGCGCCCCCGCGGAACGUGGUGAAGAUCGCCGUGCAGAUGCGUGACGCCCUCCCGCAGCUCAUCCAGCUGGACCAGGCGAAGCCCCUGGGCGCCGUGCUGAAGGAGCUGUGCGACGCGUGGAGCCUGGCUCACCCCGAGCGCUAUGCCCUGCAGUUUGCCGAUGGGCACCGGAGAUACAUCACCGAGAACAACCGCAACGAGAUCAAGAAUGGCAGCAUCCUGUGCCUCAGCACUGCCCCAGAACUGGAGGCUGAGCAGUUGUUGGGCGGGCUGCUGAGUCGGGAAGGGCGCCGGGAAGCCCUGCGGCACCUCGCGCUGCUGGCCCCAGACAUCACCUUCGCCCGGGAGGUCAUCAGCCGCGAUGGGCUUCAGAGACUAGGCACGAUCAUCGAGGACGGGGACGACCUAGGGGAGAUGCUGUCUCUCGCACUGAGGGCCUUCUUGGAGCUCAUGGAGCAUGGCGUGGUGUCCUGGGAGACACUCAGCAUCCCCUUUGUUAAGAAGGUAGUAGGCUACGUGAACAUGAACCUGAUGGACCCAUCGGUGCAGCCCUUGUCUCUCAGGCUGCUGGAGAGUGUGACUUUAAGCAGCCCUGCCCUGGGCCAGCUGGUCAAGAGCGAGGUGCCACUGGAUAGGCUGCUGGUGCAUCUCCAGGUGAUGAACCAGCAGCUGCAGACCAAGGCCAUGGCCCUGCUGACGGCCAUGCUGCAGGGGGCCAGCCCUGCUGAACGUAAGCAUAUGCUUGACUACCUGUGGCAGAGGAACCUGCGCCAGUACAUCUAUAAGAACAUCAUCCACAGCGCAUCCCCGCUGGGCGACGAGAUGGCGCACCACUUGUACGUGCUGCAGGCCCUCACGCUGGGGCUGCUGGAGCCGCGCAUGCGGACGCCCCUGGACCCCUACAGCCAGGAGCAGCGGGAGCAGCUGCAGGCCCUCCGCCAGGCCGCCUUUGAGUCGGAGGGGGAGCCCGUGGGUGCCGGGCUGGGAGCCGACCGCCGCCGUUCCCUUUGUGCCCGCGAGUUCCGAAAACUGGGCUUCUCCAACAGCAACCCUGGGCAGGACCUAGAGCGCGUGCCCCCCGGCCUGCUGGCUCUGGACAACAUGCUCUACUUCUCCAAACACGCGCCCAGCGCCUACAGCCGGUUCGUGUUGGAGAACAGCAGCCGCGAGGACAAGCACGAGUGUCCUUUCGCCCGGAGCAGCAUACAGCUGACCGUGCUGCUGUGUGAGCUGCUCCGUGUCGGGGAGCCCUGCUCCGAAACAGCCCAGGACUUUUCGCCCAUGUUCUUCGGCCAAGACCACAGCUUCCAUGAGCUCUUCUGUGUGAGCAUCCAGCUGCUGAACAAGACCUGGAAGGAGAUGCGGGCCACGCAGGAGGACUUCGACAAGGUCAUGCAGGUGGUGCGGGAGCAGCUGGCACGCACACUGGCCCUGAAGCCCAGCUCCCUGGAGCUCUUCCGCACCAAGGUGAACGCGCUCACCUACGGGGAGGUGCUGCGGCUGCGGCAGACGGAGCGGCUGCACCAGGAGGGCACGCUGGCCCCUCCCAUACUGGAGCUGCGGGAGAAGCUGAAGCCGGAGCUCAUGGGCCUGAUCCGCCAGCAGCGGUUGCUUCGCCUCUGCGAGGGGACGCUCUUCCGCAAGAUCAGCAGCCGGCGGCGCCAGGACAAGCUGUGGUUCUGCUGCCUGUCCCCCAACCACAAGGUGCUGAAUUUUGGAGAUGUGGAGGAGGGCACCGGCCCACCGGCCCCGGAGAGUCUGCCCGAGCAGGUCCCCGUGGCCGACCUCAGGGCACUGCUGACAGGCAAGGACUGCCCCCACGUCCGGGAGAAGGGCUCCGGGAAGCAGAACAAGGACCUCUGUGAGUUAGCCUUCUCGGUCAGCUACGACCACGGCGAGGAGGAGGCGUACCUCAACUUCAUUGCCCCCUCCAAACGGGAGUUCCACCUGUGGACAGACGGGCUGAGCGCCCUGCUGGGCAGUCCUAUGGGCAGCGAGCAGACGCGGCUAGACCUGGAGCAGCUCCUGACCAUGGAGACCAAGCUGCGCCUCCUGGAGCUGGAGAACGUGCCCAUCCCUGAGCAGCCACCCCCCAUUCCCCCCCCACCCACCAACUUCAACUUCUGCUAUGACUGCAGCGUCACUGAGCCUUGACAGUAAGGGGGGGCCAGGGGCCAGAGCUGCUGCCACUGUGGCGGCCAUGAAGGGGAGAGGGUGAAGUGCCAACACUGACCAACAGGCUGCAGCAGAAAUAAAGUGUGCUUGGCUCUCAGGUCUGUGUCAGCCAGCUCUGCACUCUGUGGCCACAAACUUGGCUGCUGAGUGAGAGGGGGCAUCAGGUGCGGCCGCGUUUAGGGCCACACACUUGGCACGACAGUGGAGGGGUUGGUGUUUUGAAGGAGGGUCGAGAUGGGCUGGCCCUGUUGUCCUUCACCAAGAUAAGCCCUCAGCCUCCCUCAGUGCUGGGCUGCAGAGGGGAUGGCCUGUGGUCUCGUGGCACCUGCCCAGAGUGGGCUAGGACCGCCAGUCAGGCGAGGAAGAAAUGUCAGGGCAGGAGGCACUACCCAGCAGACACCAGCCUGCACACUCACAGGGGCCCAGUCUGGCAGUCAUGUUUCCAGGA